CCUUUCCCCCUUUGGUGUACCUAUUUUACAUUCUCGAACAAAUCGCCGCCAAUGAGAGAAUACAAACUUGUGGUCUUGGGUUCCGGAGGUGUAGGCAAAUCGGCUUUGACUGUCCAAUUCGUCCAAUCGAUAUUUGUCGAGAAAUACGAUCCAACGAUUGAAGACUCGUACCGAAAGCAGGUGGAAGUGGACGGACAGCAAUGUAUGCUUGAAAUUCUGGAUACGGCAGGGACCGAACAAUUUACGGCGAUGCGCGAUCUGUACAUGAAGAACGGACAAGGCUUCCUGCUUGUAUUUUCGAUCACCAGUAUGGUUACAUUGAACGAUCUACACGAGCUGCGAGAACAGAUACUGCGCGUCAAGGACUCGGAAAAUGUGCCGAUAGUAUUAGUGGGCAACAAAUGCGAUCUGGAGGAGGAGCGCAUGGUGUCGCGCGAGCAAGGCAUGAUGCUGUCACAGCAAUGGGGAGGCAAGCCGUUUUAUGAAACAUCAGCGCGGUACAAGAUUAAUGUAGACGAGGUGUUUUUUGAUGUGGUGCGGCAAAUCAAUAAGCAGAUACCCAGCAAAGAUAAGGGCAAGAAGAAGCUCAAGUGUGUAGUCCUGUAGAAUCUCUCUCUUAUUGUUUUUAUUCCCCUUCUCAUGCUCUUAUUCUCCACCUCCCCACCCCCCCCCCCGAAUCUCAUGUUUUCGUCUGUAACCCGCUUUGCUGCCGUAAUAUAUCCUUUCUUCGUUCUAUUUCUUAUUAAAAGAGGCUUAUCUCAUUCAAGCAAUUAUUGGGGCCAUCUAUAGUGACACAACCUAACCAGUUUUAAAAAAAGCAUAGUAAGAUAUUAUAUUGGGGCUGUUGAUACAGAGUCUACGAAAAUAAAUACGAAGGAAUAAGAAAGUAAUCGUCGAGAUAACUUUGAAAAGAGAGAGAGAGAGAGAGAGAGAAACGAGAAAAAGAAAAGCGUAGGAGGAUGAGAGGGAGGUUAAUAAGAGGAGAACAGAUU